AUGAAGCCUGGAGAGGCCAUUAGCCUUAACCGUGCUCCCGAAAACUACGUGGGCGGGUACACGGGUGGAGGCGGCAGGCGGUGCAAGUGCGGCCCUCCAGGUGCGGGCCCCCAGCGCCGCUCGCGGCCCCGGGACCCAGCAGGGAAGCCCUGGCGCCCAGGACUCCGAGGAGCGGGGCCGCAGGACCGCCGUCGGCUCCCGCGUCGUCACUUCCGGCGCGUCGCUUCCGGGAGCACUUCCGCCCGAGGCUCGGCCCGCCCCCCGGCCCGGCGGUCGCGCAGAGCGGGGCGGAGGGACGAUGGCCGCCCCACGUCGUGCGGCUCAGCUCCGAGCCCCGCUGUUGGGGAGGGCCCUGAGGCGACCCUUGCCGCCGGCGCAGAGCCAGCCCCUGGGUGGGCGCCCAGUCCGCGGCUGCGAGCGGCCCGCGAGUCAGCGAUGCUCGCAGGCGGAGGCCCCGGGAGUCCCCCGCGCCCGCCGGAUGCGCACGGAGACCCCGCGCUGGCUGUCGUCCCGCGGCCCUGCUGCGACCGCCCGGCCGGCCUGUUCCCGGCCCCCUCCUACGAGAAGCCCCCUGGUCCACCCCCAUGGCCUUUGCGCUCGCCGUGCUGCCCGCGUCCCCAGGCUGACCCCUCCUCUGAGAGGCCCCUCGCCUUUCGGCGGCCCCCGCCUCUCUGGUCUGAAGGCGCGGCCCGCGUGGGGCGCGCCCGUGUCCGCCCUCCCUGGCUGCCGGGGCCCAGCGGGGGAGGUGGGGUCAGCACUGGGGGCGCGGGCUGUGUUCUCGGUCCCCGGGGCUUCUCGCGCUGUAAGCCCCUGGACCCAGGCGCCCCCGAGGCGGGCACGACCCUGGAGCGGAACCAGCACCUGCUGCACCCCGGAAGCCUGGUGGCUGCCUCCGUGUGGGUGGAAGGAGGAAAAGUGCAGCGCCCCCCGCGCAGAAAGAGAAAGCUCCUGGUCACCCAGGGCCAGAUGCGGCCCUGCAUCCCACUGCUGUAG